AUGUUGUUAAUUGUUCAAUGUUUUUACAAUGUGAUUGUUUUAAUUGAUAAUAUGAAAGCUAAGCAACCAGUGACUGAAUGCCUAUACGAAUCGAAUCUCAAUAUUCCAAUCACCAACAAUGAAUCAUUCGGACGAUUGACUGGUGAUAAAUUUUAUUAUAAGACUUUUGGUAUUAUUUUCUUACAACUACUCAUCAUUUGGAUUAUGAAUUGUAUUAUACUGUUCAUUAGUCCACUGAGCAGUUGGUUGCAAACGCAUGAUUGGUUUAUUUGGAUGUUUUUUUUUUCUGGACUGUUUAUUGAUUUGGAAAUGAUGUUAAUACCACAAGUACAAUUUAUCACUCCAUUCAACUACAUUCUAAUGGCAAUUAAUUCAAUGAUCAUUUCAUUUCCAGCGUCAAGGUCAUUCUGUGGAUUGGAAACAUUCUCAUUGACAACAUUCGCAUGGAUGUUAAUUAGUUGGACUGUGACAUUAGCGUUAACUUUGAUGAUUUUAAUGUUUGGCAAAUUAAUACGAUUCAAUAUAACAAUAUCGUUGAGAAUAUUUUUUACUAGUGUAACCAGUUUACAAGUAUUGGUUUCUAUGAUAAUUCUUCUAUUAAAAAGUUAUAUUCAAAUUGAUAUGCAGUUCAUUAUUUCUGGAUCAGGCAUGUUAUUAACAAUAUUAUAUGAAUUGUUAAUAGCAACUCAAGCAAUUUUUCCCGGUGAUAAACGAUUCACUUUUCAAGAUAAUCAACAUUUUCUAUGUGGAUUAAUUCUGGGGACAAUAAUGAUUUCAAUAAAUAUGAUUAUUUCAAGUGAAAUCACAUUUGUAUUUAGUUUUUUAAAGCAUAAAAACUCAACAAAUUUGAAUAAAACAGACAUACAUGUGAAUGAUAUUUAUAUUAGUGUAUUGAUUGAUUGA